AUGGCUUUAGACCACCACCAGAUGGUCGUCGAUAAAGGCGACCUCACCGUUUCUCUUGGCGACUGGGAAAUCGGGAAAACUCUCGAAAGCUCUUACUUACGCCCCGACAAUGUACUCCCAGCAAAGAUGGCACCAACUACCCCAACCACACGAUCAACGCGCUCAACCGCCGCCCCAAAUAACGAUUCUGUCAUUUGUGAAAAGUUCAACUCUUCUGCUGGUUGCUGCUGGCGAACUUGUCCACCGUAG